AUGUUUAAAAAUUCAACUAAGAAUAUUUUAAAAAGCUUUCUGUUUUUGCAUCUGAUAAUUAGGUGCUAUUCUGAAGCCCUUGUUUACCAAAAUUUUUUUAGGGAUGUUACAGUAGGUAUAUUUUCCAUAUUAAAUUUUAGAUUGGUUUUAUAGCAAAAAGCAUCAAUCUUAGGCUUCAUCAACUUGCCAAUCAAAAUUACUUUUUGGAGGUUAUGUAUGUUUUAAUGAAGAUACUUACAUAUUAAAAACCUUUGAGCUUAAGCCACAUUAUUAAUUAAGAUUAAAAUUUUUGUUUUGGAGGUUCAAUAUUAAACAAUAUUUAUAGGAUAGACUGGGAGGCACUAUUUUUAGUUUAUGUAGAUAAUAUUGAAAUGCAUAAAUAAUAUUUUUCUGGUGCUACAAGUUCAAGUAAUUUUUGUGGAUUACCAUAUAAAUACGAUGAAACUUUUCUACUUGAUUUAACUACUUAUCAUUAAAGCCCAACUGCUUAAAUAUUAAUUACAAGUACGUCGUGGUGGGGAAUUUCAGAUUUUGAAUUGUUCAUAGAGGAAUGCCCAAAAGAUUGUGAUUCAUGUGGCGAGAAUGGAUGCUUCAAUUAAAUACUAUAUAUUCAAUAUUUUACUGCUAAAACUUUUAAUUAAGUUGAUUUUAAUGAAGGAUGGUCAGAUUAAAAUGGAAUAACCUAUGUUAAUAGAAAUAUAGUAGCAGGUAUUGUAACAAUAAAUACUAGAUUAUUCUAUUUAUGAAUUAUAAUCCUUGACUUCAACUAAAACAAUAAAUCUACCAGAUCAUGAUGCUGUUAGUAUUUCAAUGAAGAUAAUAACUUUCAAUUUAUAUCACUAAUGCGAUAUAUUUAUUGAUGAGGUUUUAGUAAGUAGUUCAACACUUUUAUUGUAAGUACAAAUUGAUAAGAGGAAUUAUGAUUGGGAUUAUAAUUAUUUGAUCACAAAUUAGAUCAACAUUCAAUAAUAUAGGCACAUUAAAAAUUUGAUCACUCUAACAAUUAGAAUAAAUCCUAGUUUACGUUAAACAUCUCUAUUUUCUUCUGAUUAUCUUGCUAUGAGAGAUUUUUAAAUAUUUAUUAAAAAAAAUUAUGAUUGUUUUGAUGGAAAUAUCUAUCCAUUUGACGGAUGCUUUGCUAAGAUUUAUGAUUGUGUUGAAGGUUGUGUAAACUGCGUAAGAGGUGUAUGUUUAAAAUGUCAGCAAGGGUGGCAAUAUUAUGAAUAAAAUAAGAUGUGUUUACCAGUAUGUGGUAAUUCUAUAAUUACUUAUUUUGAAGAAUGUGAUGAUGGUAACACAUAACAAUAUGAUGGGUGUUAUUAAUGUAAAUAUUCUUGCCCAUUGAAUUGUAGUGUUUGCUAAUUUGGAAAAUGUAAAUUAUGUUAACCAAGAUAUAGAUUAAUAUAUGGGCAGUGUAAAUAUUUUUGUAAUGGUUCUGAAUCUUAAGAAGAAUAAGAAGAUAGAGGUUGUUAUAACAAUAUUAAUAAUUUGAUUGAGAAUGGUCAUUACUAACAUAAUCUAUUUAAUAACUUAAAUUCUAAAUAUAAAUUGGUCAGCAAUCUAACAUGUAGUCUUUAUGAUUUUGGAAUAUUUGGAUAUUUUUAUAAUUAAUGUAGAAUACAAGCGAUACAAAAUUGUAGAGAAAGUCUUAUUGGUAAAUGUUUAGAAUGCGAGAAAUUUUAUGAAUCUAAAAAUAUUAAAUCCUCAUGUACUCCCAUAUGCAAUGAUGGAAUUGCAAUUGAAUAAGAAUUAUGUGAUGAUGAGAACAAUUUAUACUUUGAUGGAUGCUAGAAAUGCUAAUAAAGUUGUUAAUUUGAAUGCUUAAAUUGUAUUGGAAGUGAAUGUUAUGAGUGUCUUGAUGGUUGGCAGCUUUUAGAUUAUCGUUGCUAUUAAUAUUGCGGAGAUGGUGAAGUAGCUGUAUUUUCAACGGAGCAAUGCGAUGAUGGAAAUAAAAAUAAUGGGGAUGGAUGUUUUGAAUGUAAAUUUGAAUGUGCCCCUUAUUGCUAAUAAUGUGUUGAUAGUUAUGCAUGCAUCAUUUGUGAACAAUAUUUUGAAUUACAAAAUAAUUCAUGUAAACCGAUUUGUGGAGAUGAACAUAUUGUUAUUGAAUUGGAGGAAUGUGAAGAUGGAAAUAAUAUUCCUUAUGAUGGCUGUUUUGAAUGCUAAUUUAAUUGUCAAGCUGAAUGUACUGACUGUUAAUAAGGAGUAUGUUAAGCCUGUGAAAUUUAAGGCUGGUCUUUAUCUAAUUAAAGUUGUCAUUCAAUAUGUGGAGAUGGAUUUAUAGUUAUGGGUUUAGAAGAAUGUGAAGAUGGAAAUAAUAUUCCCUAUGAUGGCUGUUUUAAUUGCAUGUUUUAGUGUUAACAAGAAUGCUAAAACUGUAAUUAAGGAAUUUGUAUAGGAUGCAUUGAAGGAUAUAUAAUUCUUAAUGAUUAUUGUGAAGUUGAUAAUUAAACUCAUAUUAUUGUUGAUGAAGACGAUGCAAAAUCUAAUUAUGAUGAUUGUUCAAGUAUGUGUUAGAUUGA